UUCGGGCCGGAAACGCUCGUCAUGGAGUUCUACGGGGGCACAGAGCAUGACGUUGACGUGGUCAUCUACGGGAACAAGCUCGUUGGGGCGUUCAUUUCCGAAAACGGACCCACUAACUUCCCGUCUUUCAGGGAAACCUCUGCCACUACGCCGUCCUUGCUGCCGCCGGACCGCCAGGCACAGCUGAUUGUGGCCGCCUUCAAGUGCUGCGUAGACAUCGGCCUCUCCGACGGCAUCUUCAACGUCGAAAUGAAGAUGACGGCCAGUGGACCAAAACUCAUCGAGAUCAACGGUCGGAUGGGUGAUGCUUUUCUGCGCAAGUGGGUCAGGCGCCUGUACGGCGUCGAUCUCGCGAUGUGCGCGUUCAUGAUCUCGUGCGACAUUAAACCGUUCGUGCCAAAGUUCCAGCCGUACGAGCGCCUCAUGGGAGUAAUGUUACUUCCGUCUCUCCACAGCCAUCUUGUAAACGACAGCCACUUCCGGGAACGUAUAAAAUGCCUUCAAGAUAACGGCGAUGUGUUGUUCUACAUGAUGCAGGAAGACAACCUGUACGGAAGCUUAGGUGUCUCUGGCACCGACCCCGACGUCUGCCGCGAAAAGUUGUUAGCUCUUUGCAACGAGUUUGGGAUCGAGAGCGACACCUACAAGGUCUCAAACUUCGUCCGCUAUUUCCGGUAUUAACCAACAUUUAGUUUAGAUCUCAGGAAGUGUAUGUUGAGAUUUAAUAGGUUUACUAUUAUGCUUAUGUUUUUGAGAUGUAGACUUUUCAUAGAUGAAAUCAGGGAUGUAUAAUGUACAAUGGUAAUUAAUGCACGCACUGUUGAAAUUUAUCAUGAAGCACAGCAAGGUGCAUUUAUCCCCUUUUCAACGCGACAUUGACGGUAUAACACCUUAUGGAAUAUACUAGCCUGUAUUCAACACUUUGGGAUAUACCUGUCACGUGCCCUGUCACGUGCCCUUCACGUGCACGGACUACUUUUUACUCUACCACUGAAUUAUUGUUCAUUAUUAAUAAAGUCGAGAAAACUUUUGCUUCAAAAUUAUACGACCUUCAAGCUUUAAAUCUAGUCAUAUGACAUCAUUUUUUGCCAUCCGUAUAAUGAAUCAGCUGAUUGAUGGGGUCAUAAAAUGACACUUAUUGCGUCAUUUCCCCCCCCCCCCAAAAAAAAAUGACGAUUUAUUAUAAACGCGACUAAUUUCACAUGCACAUGUACUGUAUAUCGACAUACGGUAUUUGAAUUGUCAAUGAAUCACAUUUUCCUUAUUUCGUGUAAUGUGGAUUGUUUAUAAUCCAUGCAUAUACUUUUGACAUUUAAGAAUGCACAACAAGCCAUACAACUAUCGCACAAUUCAUAAAUAAUCUGCAAUAUUUGCUAUCCGAUUUAAUUCACGUUAAAGUAACAUUACUAUUCAAAAUCAACGAAAAUUUCGUACAAUUGUACGUAAAAUAAACUUAACCAAUUAAAAAUCAGUGUUGCUUAUGGCAAUUGCUGAAAUUUCAACGUCAGAUGUGGUCUGGUAAAAUAGAUGUUUGUAGAUACAAAAUGUUCGUUUUUAUUAUUGUUUUGCAUAUCUAUUCAAACGACACAUGAACAAUGAAAUGGUGUUCGUGUGUCGUAUGAAUAGAUAUGUUCACGGGAAUUAAUUGUGGCCACAAAUAAAUAUAAAUGAGCAUUUUGUAUCUACAAAAAUCUAUGUAAUCAUACCACAUCUAGCGUUUAAAUUU